AUGUUUAUCCUCUAAGAAAGAAAAGAAAUAAUUGAAAAAGUGUAAUUACUUAUUAAUUAACAAAAAGCUUAAUUAAAUGAAUUAUAAGAUUAGCAAUUUAAAUAAUUUUAGAAUUAAAAUGAAGAAAGAUAGCUUCUAGGUUCAAGAGAUUAUUAUCCUAAUUAAUAAAAUAAUCAAGAUUAAGUAUCAACUUUAGAUAUAGUGGCCACUUAUUUGGAAUAUUUAAAUAAAUUUCAAGAACAAUUUGAUCAAACUAAAGAAAUUUUACUUUUGAUGCCAUAAGAUAAAAAAUAAUUGUAAGAACAUUUAGAAAAAGCUUAAGAUAUAAGAAGGAGCAGCAUAAGCAAUUCAACAGUUAAUAGUGUAUUAAUUAAUCAUAAUUCAGAAAUUGAAAGAUCAAAAAUUAAGAAUCUCAGAAAUAAAUUAUCAUAUUUUAUAGAAAAUUAUUAGUAAACUAAUUAAAUGGCUUGUCUAAAACAUAAUUAAAAGAUUGAAUUUUUGGAUAUUUCAAACGACCAAAAUAUAUAAGAAAGAAGAUUAUGUAAAGAUUGUGGUAAAUAAGGAAUUAAGUUGUCAGAAUUCUUCUAAAUAUAUUUAAUAUAGUUUUUUGAAUUUAAAAUCUAAUCAGAAGAAAAAAGGUCUGAAGUAGCAUAAAAAAUUAAAACAAUCAUUAGUAUUUUAUAGACUUAAAGAAAUACUGAUAGCAUUUACAACGAAUUUAACUAAUAAUUUUAAUAAAGAAUUAAAAUAAUUGAGGAAAUUUAUGGAUCACAUAUUAUAGCUAGUUAAGAAUUAAAUAAAAUGGCGAAAGAUUUUGCAUAAACCUAAGAUAAUUUUAUCAAAUAUCGAUAGUAAUUUGAUAUAAAAUUGAAAGAAUGGAUUCAAAAAGACUUUACAUUUGCCUAAUUACAGAUGAAUAGUAUUAUAGAUCAUCUAUGUGUUAAAAAUCAUAAAAUUCAAACAGCAACUGCUAGUUAAGAUUUCGAUUAUUAAUAAAACACAGUGUAAAAUAUAAACUACAAAAUUAUGUAUUAAUAAUAGUAAUCUUAAUUAUGCUAAGUUUUAUGUUUCAAUAGAAACAAUACAUUAAUUGCAACAGCUAAAAAGAAUAUAAUUAUAAUUUGGAGAUUUUAUAGAGAUAAUGUACAAUAAAUAACAGAGUUAUAAGGACAUAAAAAUGAUGUAAGUUGUCUAGUUUUUGAUGUGGAUUCAGAUACACUUAUCUCUGGAGGAGGAGAUUUAGAUUGUUAGAUCUUUGUUUGGGUGAAAAAAAGCGAAAAUGUGUGGAAAGAUGCAUAAAAUAUUUAAAAUAAUGGGGGUAUAAAGGUUAUGAUCUUAAAUCAUCUCGAAAACUAAUUAAUUACUGGAAGUUAAAAAGGAGUAAUUACUAUUUGGGAAUUUAAAAAGAAUUGUCUCAAAAAAACUUUAGAUGAAUCCUUAAAUGAAAAGGAUAAUAAACCAGUUUUUGGAUUGGCUUAUAAUAAUAAAACAUAAUAAAUAAUAACUUGUGGGUAGGAUAAGUGUAUUAGAUUAUUUUAAUUAAAAGAGAAAUUAGAAUGUAAAAUUUUAAGACAGUGUGACUCAUUAGGGAUGAGAAUCAAAUUUAUUGAUGAUUCCUCUUUUGUAUUGGUUUAAAAGAAUGGCUGGCUUUUUUAUUAUAAAAUUGAAUGGGGAACUUUUAAAGAAAUAUAAAAAAUCAGAUUAUCUUCAGAAGAUCAUGAUUAUAUCUAUUCUCCUAUAUGGUAUAAUUAAGAUAGAAAAAUUUUAAUUGUUAAACAUUUCAGAAAAAUAUACUUUUUAAAAAAAUAGAAUGAUGAAUAAUUUCAACUUAUUGAUAAAUUAGAAUAUUAAUAGGAUUUGGUAUAUGCCACCAUAUCGGAUGAUGGGUAAUACUUGGCUACUUGGAUAGAUAGGGGAAAAGAUUAAAAACUAUUAGAGAAUUAAUCCUAAAUAUAUUAAUUUUAUAAAUUAGAUUUUUAAUGAAUUUGAG